AAUCGAUUAAGAGGAAAACGGUUGACUAAUCCGAUUUCGAGUUGACUGAAGACGGGCGUGAACGGGCCGCUUUGACCGUCUUUUUUCCACACACAUUACACACACGCAGAUACGGUAGAAUUUUAGUAAUGUCAGUGGCUGAUUAAUUAUCGCACGUAUCAGAUGUAUCAGCGUUAACGCUCUGAUGAAGGGGCCUUAUGUCAUCGACUGAAACGUUGACGUUGCUUUUUUAGCCCUGACAAAAAGAUAAAAUAGCGGCAGUUUAGUUGGCGUGCCUCGAAACAGUCGUCUGUCGUCACCCAUCGCGGGAAUUUUUUCAGCGUCAAAAGGGAAACAAAUGGUUGCAUUAUGUGGGUAUUCGGUGUCCCAAGUACCGUAAUUCCCGGCCUCCAGAGCGCACCUGGAUAUAAGCCUCGGUACGCAGAAAGAGAGCAGGCGGGACUUGGACACAACCCUCGACUUUUUGAAACACCCCAGGGACUUUGAGUGUUGAACAGUGAGCAAAUGAGGAUGAGGAGCGCCCGACCGGAUGCCAGGUGCUGCCGAGCGUCCGCGUUUGCAUACGAGAGAUCUCGCACGUGUUAGCACGCACCUAUGCAGCGCACAUGUUCGGGGAAUCGUGAUGCGACGUGUUUGAAGUGCGGCGGCGGCGGCGGCGCCAACCCGAGUGUUGCACGCCGCCGGAUGGCUUUGUUGCCACAUGAAACGUCGAGAAGGAACGGCGGAGAAAGACAGAGCGGGAGCCAGCGCUGAACCCAAAACACUGGAGACGCAGCUUUGUCACUUGGUGUGUUCGUCAACUAGGGAAGAGAUGUCGCUAGAUACACGUUUCGUGGCAAGUACGAAGGCAAGGUGUGACCCUGUUCCUUGACUAAACCACGGCUAACAUCAUGCUCGCGUCUCGGAGUCCUGCAUUUGGGUCCACCCCUGCACCGAUGGCUCUUGACAAAAGCUGCAUACAGUCCUUCGCCGGGCGUGCAAGUGCGACUCGCCGACUGUAAUUCGUUGGGCGUCACCCGCUUCGCUCGCGGUCGCUUGAGUGACUUUUGGGAGACGUCGACCGCAUCACAAGUGGCCACCGAGAGCAAAAGCGUAGCACUCCAUCCAUCUCGGGGGCCUGGGGACGGGGAGCGGAGGGGCGUGUGAAAUGAAGCACGGCUAACGCUAUUAGCGCACGGACGCAAACCAUCUGUGGGGAAUCGGAGAAGGAAGCGCGCGCGGCCCCGGCGGACUUACUUCCUGCUACGUGAACCGGCGAUGAGCGACAGCAUCCUCUCUCUCGGCGUGACUCCUCCGGGGACCGCGAGUAGACCCGGUCCAAACUUCCAGCUGAGAACGGAUUCCCUACGAGACGACACAAAGGUUAUCCACAAUGUGAAGAAUUUGCUCGAAUUGGAUCUCAACUGGAAGACAGUGGCCAGAUGCAUGAAAUUCCUUAACUUCACCUUCACCACAGUCAAUGGUUGUGGGUUCCAAUCUCGGCGCGGGUCCUCUAAGAUGUGGUGAUGUUGCUACCUGACAUUCGCCAUCUGCUGACUUCCAUCUUCUCUCAGGACUGAUUUCCUCAUGGUGUGUCCCUUCGCGUGCGCCACUCUUCCCGCCCCCCUCGCCCGUUUCAUGGGCCUCCAAGCGACCCCCGCCGCUCCACCUUUAACCCCUCACCCUUAACCUCCCAACCCCCAACGCGCCGAACACCCAACCAUGGCGACCCGCGCUCUCGUGGUGGUGAUGAUGUGCCGGGGCGUCCUGCUGUCCGCCGGAGACCCGCCGACGUCGCGGCGGGAGAUCCGCAUGGAGGGCGACCUGGUGCUGGGGGGCUUGUUCCCCGUGCACGAGAAGGGCGCCGGCGUGGAGGAGUGCGGCCGCGUCAACGAGGACCGAGGGAUCCAGAGGCUGGAGGCCAUGCUGUUCGCCAUCGACGCCAUCAACCGGGACCGCCUUCUGUUGCCCGGCGUCACCCUCGGCGUGCACAUCCUGGACACGUGCUCGCGCGACACUUAUGCACUGGAGCAGGCGCUGGAGUUCGUGCGGGCGUCGCUCACCAAGGUGGACGACUCGGAGUUCAUCUGCCCGGACGGCUCGUACGCGCUGCAGGACGACAGCCCGCUCGCCAUCGCCGGCGUCAUCGGCGGCUCCUUCAGCAGCGUCUCCAUCCAGGUCGCCAACCUCCUCAGGCUCUUCCAGAUCCCCCAAAUAAGCUACGCGUCCACCAGCGCUAAGCUCAGCGACAAGACCCGCUACGACUACUUUGCCCGCACCGUGCCGCCCGACUUCUACCAGGCCAAGGCCAUGGCCGAGAUCCUGCGCUUUUUCAACUGGACCUACGUCUCCACGGUGGCGUCGGAGGGUGACUACGGCGAGACGGGCAUCGAAGCCUUUGAGCAGGAGGCCCGGAUGAGGAACAUCUGCAUUGCUACGUCGGAGAAAGUGGGGCGUUCAAACGCCAAGAAGUCCUACGAAGCCGUGAUCCGCCAGCUCCUCCAGAAGCCCAACGCCCGCGUGGCCGUUCUGUUCCUGCGCAGCGACGACGCCCGAGAGCUGCUGGCCGCCGCGGCCAGGCUCAACGUUUCCUUCGUUUGGGUGGCCAGCGACGGCUGGGGGGCACAGGAGAGCAUCGUCAAAGGCAACGAGGUGACGGCGGAAGGCGCCAUCACGCUGGAGUUGGCUGCCAACCACGUGCCGGACUUCAACCGCUACUUCCUCAGCCUGAACCCCAAGAAAAACCACCGCAACCCGUGGUUCAGAGAAUUCUGGGAACAGCGCUUCCAGUGCUCCCUGGGGGGCGGCGGCGGCGGAGGGGAGGGGCCUCUCCCGCCGUGCGACGGGGACCUGUCCAUGGACAAGAGCAACUUUGAGCCAGAGUCCAAGAUCAUGUUUGUGGUGAACGCGGUGUACGCCAUGGCCUACGCGCUGCACAAUAUGCAGCGCAGCCUCUGCCUCAACACCAGCACGCUGUGCGACAGCAUGAAGGCCUUGGACGGCCGCAGACUCUACCGAGACUUCAUCCUGAACGUCAGCUUCACAGCCCCGUUCUCCCCCGCCGGCAGCGAGACGGCCGUCAAGUUCGACUCCCAGGGCGACGGCGUGGGCCGCUACAACAUCUUCAGCUACCAGCGCUCGGGCGAGCGCUACGCUUACGUGCCGGUCGGCGAAUGGGCCGAGAGUCUGAGUCUUAACGGCGCUUUGAUUCAGUGGCCCAGGGAGGCGGCGCCCGCCUCGCAGUGCAGCGACCCUUGCGAGCGCAACGAGAUGAAGAAAAUGCAGGCCGGCGAGUACUGCUGCUGGAUCUGCACCGCCUGCGAGCCUCACGAAUACCUUGCCGAUGAGUUCACGUGCUCGCCCUGCGCUCCGGGUCAGUGGCCCACCGACGACCUGACGUCCUGCUACGAGCUCCCCGAAGAUUACAUCAUGUGGGAAGACGCGUGGGCCAUCGGGCCCAUCACCAUUGCCUGCGUGGGCUUCAUGUGCACCGGCCUGGUUCUGUGGGUGCUGGUCCGGCACAACGACACGCCGCUGGUGAAGGCGUCGGGCCGGGAGCUGUGCUACAUCCUCCUCCUGGGCGUCUUCAUGUCGUACGCCAUGACCUUCCUCUUCCUGGCCAAGCCGUCGCCGGCCAUCUGCGCCCUGCGCCGCCUCGGCCUGGGCACGUCCUUCGCCGUGUGCUACUCGGCGCUCCUCACCAAGACCAACCGCAUCGCCAGGAUCUUCGGCGGCGUCAAGGACGGGGCGGGCGCGGCCAGGCCGCGCUUCAUCAGCCCGUCCUCUCAGGUCUUCAUCUGCCUGAGCCUGAUUUCGGUGCAGUUGGUGAUGGUGUCCGUGUGGCUGCUGCUGGAGGUUCCGGGCACGCGGCGCUUCACGCUGCCCGAGCGCCGGCAGACGGUCAUCCUCAAGUGCAACGUGCGCGACGCUAGCAUGCUGCUGUCCCUCAGCUACGACGUACUCCUGGUCAUCCUGUGUACUAUCUACGCCUUCAAGACCAGGAAGUGCCCGGAGAACUUCAACGAAGCCAAGUUUAUCGGCUUCACCAUGUACACCACGUGCAUCAUUUGGCUGGCCUUUCUGCCCAUCUUCUACGUCACUUCCAGCGACUACAGGGUCCAGACGACCACCAUGUGCAUCUCGGUGAGCCUGAGCGGCUUCGUGGUGCUGGGCUGCAUGUUCGCCCCCAAGGUACACAUCAUCAUGUUCCAGCCGCAGAAGAACGUCACCAGUCACAGGCUCAACGUCAACCGCUUUAGCGUCAGCGGGACGGCGGUCGCCUCCUACGCCGCUCACGCUUCCGUCAGCACCCACUUCGUCCCGAGCGUGUGCAACGGCAGAGAGAUCGUCGACUCCACCACUUCCUCUCUGUGAGCCCGCCGGCCCGACCCCGCCCUGCGACUGUUAGCCCCGCCCACCCAGGCCCCGGCAGCCAACGAGAUUUCACUGGCUCGCCUGGCGUCGCCGGCCUCCGUAACUUUCUCGUCCGAGCAGUGUCGAAAGUGUGUAACUGUAAUUAAAUUAUUUUCUAAGAGGCUUGUACAUAUUUGGAACGGACAUUUGUUGUAAGUAGACGGUCAAAGAAGAACCACACACGCACGCGCGCACACACAAAAAACAUUUUUAGGAGGAACUUUUGGGGCCUUUUGUUUUUUGAUAGCUUUGUUAUUCUGAUGUAAAUACGUUCAGGACGGUGGGAAGGAAGCGGACGCUUGCAAUACCCCACUGACUUUUUAUUAAUGUUAAGACGAUUAUUCUCAUGGUCUUUUUGUAGGUAAUAAUGAUAAUAAUACUCCAAUGUAUGCAUUUCUAAUGUGUACCCUUUUUUUGUGUGUAGUACAGCCGACAAUUGAAACGGCGCAAUUUGUCGACGGCAUACGGGCAAGACUGAAUGUGAGCGUGAUGGACGAAGUGUCCAAAAAAAAAUAAGACAAAUACAUCACAUCUAUGACUUCAUGGAUUUUGUUGAUUUUUAUACUUUUUUUAAAAGAAAAACUCAUCUUUGAAUCCCUUUAUUCAAACGGUCAUAGUUUAAUGUGUGUGUUCAACCGAGCAAUAGAACUAGACAAUUCUGGACAAAAAAAGACAUCCGUGCCGGGAACAAAUAAAAGUUGAAAUAUUAUUAAAAAUAUGUUGAAAAUAUUAGAAAAAAAGAUUUACAUUCAAAAUAUCAAGAGUAAUAAAAUAGUACUUUUCCCAAAAAUAAACUAAAGACAGUAGGAUGAGAAUGAUGGCAAAAUACUACAAGAUAGGAAAAAAAAGUCCCCAUAAAGUUCGAAUUGUAUAACGUCAAAUUUUACAAUCUAAAACAUUUUUUUAAUAAACUGGUAAAAUAUUCUAACAAAAGAGUGCAAAUAUCACUGCGGAGAAGUGGUCGUAUUAUUUGACUUCGGCACUCAGCGUCAGUUAAAAAAAAAAAAUGCAUGAAGAAAAAAAAAUCACUUUAAAAUACAAUCAACAAGUUAGAUCUUCAUGAAGCAAAAUUCUUCACGUUAAAAAAUUGAAAUCAUCGUAUUGACG